AUGGCCUAUAAAAGUCAACAUGGUGUUGAUGACAUGGUCAUGUUGUCAAAGAUUGCAAAUGAUUCGAUUCUUGACAAUCUAAAGAAACGUUAUGCUGCUGAUGUUAUUUAUACAUACAUUGGAAAUGUAUUGAUUUCAGUGAAUCCAUUUAAACAGAUUAAGAAUCUUUACUCUGAGAGAAAUCUCUUGGAGUACCGUGGAAAGUUCCGAUACGAAUUGGCACCACACGUGUAUGCGGUGGCCGACGAUAUGUAUCGUAGUAUGUAUGCAGAGGGCCAGAGCCAGUGUGUGAUUAUCUCUGGUGAGUCUGGUGCCGGUAAGACCGAAGCGGCCAAGCUGAUCAUGCAGUACAUCGCUGCGGUCAGUGGUAAAGGUGUUGAUGUAACUAGAGUUAAAGAUGUAAUUCUAGAGUCGAAUCCAUUGCUCGAAGCAUUUGGAAAUGCUAAAACUCUUCGUAAUAACAAUUCAUCUCGUUUUGGUAAAUAUAUGGAAGUCCAAUUCGAUGGAAAAGGUGAUCCAGAAGGUGGAAGAGUAACAAAUUAUUUAUUAGAAAAAUCUCGUGUAGUUUAUCAAACAAAAGGUGAAAGAAAUUUCCAUAUUUUUUACCAAUUACUUGCUGGUGCCAAUGCUCAAUUAAAGAAUGAAUUAAGAUUGGAAUCACCAGAUAAAUAUCAAUAUCUUAGUUCAAGUGGAUGUUAUACAGUGGAUGGUGUCGAUGAUUCACAAGAGUUUCAAGAUGUAAUCAAGGCCAUGAAGGUCAUUGGUGUUACUGAACAAGAACAAAAGGAAGUAUGGCGUCUCAUUGCUGCCAUUCUAAAUCUUGGAAAUAUUGGAUUCAAGAAUAACAACAAAGAUGAAGCUCAAAUUGAUACUUCUUCAAGAAAAUAUGUUACAUCUUGUGAGAAAGCAUUGUGUUAUAGAACGAUUUCAACUGGUACUCAAGGUAGAAGUGCGCGUGUCAGUACUUAUGCAUGUCCACAGAAUUCAGAGGGUGCAUACUACUCGCGUGAUGCCCUUGCCAAAGCACUGUACAGCAGGCUGUUUGACUGGAUUGUUGGUCGUGUCAAUAUUGCUCUUGGCUACAAGCACAAUUCGUCGUCGUUGAUGAUUGGUAUUCUCGAUAUCUACGGUUUCGAAAUCUUUGAGAAGAACGGAUUCGAACAGAUGGUUAUCAACUACGUCAAUGAGCGUCUACAGCAGAUCUUCAUCGAACUCACUCUCAAGACGGAGCAAGAGGAGUACUUUGCAGAGGGUAUCCAAUGGGAGCAAAUCGACUACUUCAACAACAAGAUCUGUUGUGAUUUGAUCGAUGCAAAGAAACCGGCCGGUAUCCUCACCGUCCUCGACGACGUCUGCAACUUCCCCAAGGGUGACGACGACAAGUUCCUCCAGCGUAUGAACGAAUCGUUUGGUGGACACGCACAUUACAUGUCUGCACAACAGGCAUCGCGUAAUUUCACUAUCAAACAUUAUGCCGGUGACGUAGACUACUGCACCGAUGGAUUCGUCGAUAAAAACAAAGAUUUGCUCUUCAACGAUUUGGUGGAGUUGGCUGCGUGCACCUCGAGCAAGCUGAUUCCCCAGUUGUUCCCAGAGAUCAACGCUGAGAAAGACAAGAAGAAACCAACUACCGCCGGUUUCAAGAUCAAGGAAUCGAUCGGUGCUUUGGUGCGUGCACUCUCUGCUUGCACUCCGCAUUACAUCCGUUGCAUCAAGCCCAACGGAAACAAGCGCGCCAACGACUUUGACACUUCGCUCGUCAUGCAUCAAGUCAAGUAUCUCGGAUUGCUAGAGAAUGUCCGUAUCCGUCGUGCCGGUUACGCCUACCGUCAGACCUACGACAAGUUCUUCUACCGUUAUCGUGUGUGCUGCAAGGAGACCUGGCCAAAUUUCACCGGUGGAUUCGAAGCCGGUUGCGAAGUGAUUUUGAAGUCGAUGGAUCUCGACCCGAAGCAAUUCUCCAAGGGAAAAACCAAGAUUUUCAUUCGUGCGCCAGAGACUGUGUUCAACUUGGAGGAGCUACGUGAGCGCAAGGUAUUCACCUACGCCAACAAACUACAACGUUUCUUCUUGCGUUUCACUCUGAUGUCCUACUACUACUCCAUCCAGAAAUCGGCAAACGAUUCACUCAAGUCCAAUAAGGAGCGUCGUCGUCUCUCGAUCGAACGUCCAUUCCAAGGUGACUACAUCAACUACCGUGAGAAUUUCCCACUGAAGGACGUCGUCCAAAAGAAUGGCAAUGAGAAAAUGAUGUUCUCACACGCCGUCAACAAGUACGACCGUCGUUCUCGUUCGCAACGUCGUAUUUUGAUUCUCACCGAUGUCGCUCUCUACUUUAUUGCCAUCGAGAAGAACAAAGACAAAGAGGACCGUAAGAAACGUCCAUGGAUCUACGUGCAGAAGCGUAGAUGUCUCCUCACCAACAUUGUCUCGGUCGAGUUGUCGCGUUGGUCCGAUGGAUUCGUCAUCGUAAAGACAAUGACAGACCACGACCAGAUGUUUGAAUGUCGUAGAAAGUCCGAGUUUAUCGGUACCCUCAUGAAGGCAUACAAAGCGGUGCGUGUCAACUACAACAACGGAAUCGGUGUCGCCAUCAAGGCGUCCAAACAAGGUGGAAAAGGUAAGGAGCGUCAAAUCUCUUUCGAGAAGGGUGUCAAGCCCGAAACCUCUAUCAAGGGAACCAAGGUGUUGGCACCAAACGACGGUUUGCCAGCUGAUACCGUCCCCAAUAUCACUCCACCCGAGGCAUUGCCAGUCGUUUCCAUUCCAAUCUACCGACCUGCAAUGAACUCAAAGGUUGCCGCUGGCAGCAGUAGCAGCGGUGCUUCCACCGCCAAGCCAACUGCCAAGGCACUCUACGACUUUGACGCGGAAUCCGGCAUGGAGCUGUCAUUCAAGGAGGGUGACAUCCUCACCGUCAUCGACCAGUCAUCCGGCGACUGGUGGGAUGCCGAGCUGCGUGGACGCAAGGGUAAGGUACCAUCGAACUACCUCCAACUCCUCAAGAGUAGCGCACCACCAACCCGUGCACCGCCACCCUCUACCUCCACCUCGACACGUGGUGGACUGCCACAACCUGGCGCGCCAAGAGGUGGAAUGCCAGCCCGUGGAGGUGCUGCACCCAGAGGUGGAGUUGCACCUAGAGGAGGAAUGCCAGCCCGUGGAGGUGCUGCACCCCGAGGUGGAAUUGCAUCAAGAGGUGGAUAUUAA